GUCCGAUCCACAUGGGACAACAGAAAAUCUGAAUUUUUUCCCACAAAAAGUGUGUCAUUUAAAAUAAGAAAAAACCAAAUGUCGCACCUCUAACGCAGGAUGUGUUCUGACUGUGAUUUUGAUCUAGUGGUAUUUAGGCGGCGUCAUUGAGAGGAUUUGAUACGAUGCCUGGUAAAAAAGAAGAAUCCGGUGCUACCAAAACUGCCAAGCCUAAGGAUAAGCCCCCACCACCUGCAUACAAACCUCAUGCCAUUCAAACGCUGAGAAAUAGAAAAUCGUCAAAAUAUCAGUACGAAGGGAAAUCACGCAGAAAACGUAUUGCUGAAGAUGGUACGAAGAGUUUGGAACUGCUGAGAGGAGUCUGCACAAUCACAAAGCCUAACAGAACAGUGAUUGACUCGAACACUUUGAGACUGCAUUCAAACAGCACAGUGGUAUUACUGAUUACAUUUUCAAUUGCCGUCACCACAAGGCAAGGUAUUCCGGAGGAUAUAUUGAACUCAUAUUGCUGGAUACAUUCGACAUAUAUAAUAAUUGAGUCCGUGAAAGAGGCGAAACAGUGGGGUCAUUACCCGGGAGUUCACUACACGGGGAAAAGUCCAGUCAGACUCACCAAGUACUACCAGUGGGUCGCAUUCUUCCUGUUGUUCCAGGAGUGGUAG